AUGCCUGACGAGAGAGCUCCCCUUCUUCAGCCCGGGCGAGCCGACGCUGCAGCAGAAUGCCAGCGCCACGAUUCAGGCGAUGUCGAGACCGAGCAGCUACCUAAAGGCUUCAGGUUCCUCGCAAUCAUCGGGAGCCUUAUGCUAUGCUGCUUCCUCGCAGCCCUGGAUAUGACCAUAGUGGCCACGGCUGUUCCUGCCAUCAGCGACACGUUCCAGUCCCUGAGCGACAUCGCCUGGUACGGCUCCGCAUUCUUUCUCACCCAGACCACUUUCCAGGCAACCUGGGGCAAGGCGUAUGGAAUCUUUGACCUUCGCACGGCCUUUGCCGUGUCGAUUCUCAUCUUUGAGGUUGGUUGCGUCGUGUCAGCUGCGGCGCCAACCAGCGCGGCUGUUGUCGUCGGCCGUGCCAUGUCAGGCGUCGGCGCUUCUGGUAUCAUCGGAGGAGUCUUUACCAUUAUCGCUUUCAUCACGGAUGAGGACUGGCGGCCAGUAUGCAUCGGCAUCAUCGGGACUACAUUCGGCUGCGCAAGUGUGGUCGGACCACUUGUCGGGGGUGUGCUCACGAGCCACCUAUCCUGGCGCUGGAUAUUCUGGAUCAACUUGCCCAUCGGAGCGCUCGGUUUGCUUUGCCUGUUUACCUUUUUUGCAACCCCAGAGUCUGCGAAGCGGGCGCAAAAGGUGCUUUCGUGGAAAAGCGUGUUGCUCGAACUGGACCUACUGGGCAACAUUUUGACGACGGCUUCGGUGGUGUGCUUCACCCUGGCGAUGCAGUACGGUGGCACAUCUGUGCCGUGGGGCGAAGACUACAUUAUAGUCUUGCUGGCUCUGUCCGUCAUUUUUCUGGGCGGCUUGGUGCUCAACGAAUGGUCCAUGGGCGAACGAGCGCUUAUUCCGCCUCGGCUCAUCAGACAGUGGCCCGUGUGGCCAAACUGCGCCUAUACCUUCUUCAUCUCGGGGACCUACUUCCCGCUCCUCUACUUCCUCCCCGUCUACUUCCAGGCCAUUCAGGGAGUGAGCGCCGAGGAAAGCGGCUUGCGCAAUAUGCCGCUCGUUGUGGCCGUCUCCUUGUUCACCGUCUUGUCCACAUCAUUCAUGGGACGAACUGGACGCUGGACACAGCCUCUUCUCCUGGGCUCCAUGAUCUCAGUCGCCGGAGCCGCGUUAAUUUACAUGCUCGACGCAGACUCGCCUGCGCCGAGCUGGAUCGGCUACCAGGCUGUCAUCGGCAUUGGCAUCGGCAUGGCCAUGGAAGUUCCCUUAGUGGCGAACCAAAAAGCAAUCCCCCUGAAAGACAUUUCCGCCACGGUCGGACUGACCAUGUUCUUCGAGCUGGCUGGCGGCGCCGUCUUCAUGUCAGCCGGUCAGGCCAUCUUUGCGAACGGCCUGGUGCGCACCUUGGCUCGCGUGGCCCCGAAUCUCGACGGUCUGGACGUGCUCAACCAUGGCGCCCUUAACAUACGAGAAACGUUUGGCGACGACGCACCAGCAGUACUCAAAGCGUACAUGGGCGGCAUCACAGACGGAUUCGUGAUGUGCCUGAGUUGUGCGGUCGCGGCCACUGUGGUUGCGAUGGUGGUUGCUACCACCAUCAUGACUCGAUGUGGCAGGGGCAGGGUAGAAGGACCAGGGGCAUCCACUGCUAGUGGCGAGGGCUGCGGGUGA